GAAAAAUGAUGGAACGGAGCAGAUCCCUAGGGGUGGUGGAUAGAGAAGACGAGUUUGAUGAUGAUGAAGAUCAGCAGGAGAGUAUGAUCAAGAGCGAAGUGAAAGCCUUGUCCUUCUUUAAACUGUUGAGCUAUGCCGAUGCAGUGGAUUGGAUUCUCAUGGCGUUGGGAGCUCUGGGUUCCGUAGUCCAUGGCAUGGCUUUCCCUGUUGGCUAUCUCUUGCUCGGAAUGGCUCUUAAUACUUUUGGCAACAAUAUCAAUGACAGUGACGCGAUGGCUAGAGCUCUUAAAGAAAAGGUUGUUCCCUAUGUGUGGUACAUGGCCAUCGCCACAUUUCCUGCUGGAAUACUUGAGACGGGGUGUUGGAUGUAUACAAGUGAGAGACAAAUAGCAAGGCUGAGAUUAGCAUACCUAGGAGCAGUACUAAGCCAAGAGAUUGGAGCUUUCGAUACAGAACUAACAAGUGGCAAAAUUAUCAGUGGGAUCAGCAGCCACAUGAGUAUCAUACAAGAUGCUAUUGGCGAGAAGCUGGGUCACUUUACCUCAUGCUUCGCCACUUUCUUCUCUGGACUUGUGAUUGCUGCAUAUUGCACCUGGGAAAUUGCACUUCUGUGUUUAGUGGUUGUUCCCCUUAUUCUUCUGAUUGGUGCCACCUACACCAAGAGAAUGAACAACAUAUCAACUACAAAAAUGAAUUACCAGUCUCAAGUCACAGCUAUGAUUGAACAGACAAUAUCACAAAUAAAAACGGUAUAUGCCUUUGUUGGAGAGAUUUCUGCCAUCAAAUCCUUCACAGAAAACAUGGACAAAUUGUACAUCAUAAGCAAAGGAGAGUCACUUCUAAAGGGGGUAGGAACAGGGAUGUUCCAAACUGUAAGUUUUGUUUCUUGGGCUCUUAUUGUGUGGGUUGGAGCUGUUGUGGUCACAGCUCAUCGAGCUUCCGGAGGAGACAUUAUUACUGCAGUCAUGAGCAUUCUCUUUGGUGCCAUAUAUUUGACUUAUGCUGCACCAGAUAUGCAAAUAUUCAAUCAGGCUAAAGCAGCAGGAUAUGAGAUUUUCCAAGUGAUCCAAAGAAAGCCACUCAUAAAUAACAUAUCAGAAGGAAAGACACCUCAGAAGAUUGAAGGCUCCAUUGAAUUGCGUCAUGUUCACUUUUCCUACCCAUCACGCCUGGAGAAACCUAUCCUUCAAGGUUUUUCCUUAUCGAUCCCAGCAGGCAAGACAGUAGCAUUAGUUGGUAGUAGUGGAUGUGGAAAGAGUACUGUCAUAUCCCUAGUUUCCAGAUUUUAUGAAGCCUCAAAAGGAGAAAUUUUCAUUGAUCACCAUAAUAUCAAGGAUCUUGAUCUGAAGUUCCUUAGAAGAAACAUAGGGGCUGUUUCCCAAGAACCUUCACUUUUUACAGGCACCAUCAAGGAUAACUUGAAAGUGGGAAAAAUGGAUGCUGAUGAUCAAGAGAUACAGAGUGCAGCAGAAAUGUCAAAUGCACACUCUUUCAUAUCACAACUUCCAGAUCAGUACUUAACAGAGGUAGGACAAAGGGGCGUCCAAUUAUCAGGAGGCCAAAAACAAAGGAUAGCAAUAGCAAGGGCCAUUCUAAAAAAUCCACCAAUUCUUUUGCUUGAUGAAGCUACGAGUGCCCUGGACUCAGAAUCAGAAAAGCUGGUUCAAGAGGCUCUUGAGAAAGCCAUGAGUGGAAGAACUGUCAUGAUGAUUGCACACAGGUUAUCAGCUGUGGUAAAUGCAGAUAUGAUUGUUGUUGUGCAGAACGGACAAGUCUCAGAAAUAGGAACACAUAACAGUUUGCUAGAAGCAAGUCCAUUCUAUAAUGCACUAUUCAACAUGCAGAACCUUGAACAAGUUCCUGAUUUUAGACCUUCAAGCUCAAAAUAUAAAACUUCAACUGUCCGAAAGGAAGAAUACUUUGAAGAAAUUAGAUCACAGGAGAAUCAACUUGAGAUGCUAGAAAUUCUCACAGAGAAUUCAUUGAAAGAGGAACAGAUUGGCAGAAAAGAAAGAAGUAUUUUUUUUAGAAUCUGGUAUGGUCUAGAGAAAAGAGAGCUUGCAAAGACUGCUAUUGGCGCCUUUGCAGCAGCUUUUUCUGGCAUCUCAAAGCCUGUUUUUGGAUUCUACAUCAUCACCAUUGGAGUGGCGUAUUUCGGUCACGAAGCAAAGCAGAAAGUCGCAUUGUAUUCUGUCAUCUUCGCUGCAAUAGGGUUACUUUCAUUAUUCAGUCACACCUUGCAGCAUUACUUCUUUGGAAUAAUUGGAGAAAAGGCCAUGGGAAAUCUCAGACGAUCUCUUUAUUCAGGAGUGCUUCGUAAUGAAGUUGGCUGGUUUGACAAACCUGAGAACAGUGUGGGUUCACUAACCUCACGCAUUAUCAAUGACACAACCAUGGUCAAAAUCAUAAUUGCUGAUCGCAUGUCUGUAAUUGUCCAAUGCAUUUCUUCCGUACUGAUAGCAACAGUGGUGAGCAUGGUUGUUAACUGGAGAAUGGGCUUAGUAGCUUGGGCAGUGAUGCCUUGCCACUUCAUAGGUGGUUUGGUUCAAGCUAAGUCUGCCAAAGGAUUCUCAGGAGACAACUCUGCUGCACAUUCUGAACUUGUUGCUCUUACAUCUGAGUCCACUACCAACAUCAGGACUGUUGCAUCAUUUUGCCAUGAAGAGCACGUGUUGAGGAAAGCCAAAGCAUCCUUAGACAUCCCAAAGAAGAAGUACAGAAUUGAAAGCAUCAAAUAUGGGAUCAUUCAAGGCUUCUCUAUUUUCUUAUGGAAUGUUGCACAUGCUGUAGCUUUGUGGUACACAGCAAUUCUGGUCGAAAGACGCCAAUCUUCCUUUGAAAAUGGCAUAAGAUCCUACCAGAUUUUUUCUCUCACUGUCCCUUCCAUCACAGAAUUAUACACGCUAAUCCCCACUGUCAUCUCUGCUGUCAAUGUACUUACACCAGCAUUCCAAACCCUUGAUCGUAAAACUGAAAUUGAACCAGAUACCCCAGAAGAUAUAGAGCCCAAGACAAUACAAGGAAAUAUUGAAUUUCAGGGGGUAAAGUUCAACUAUCCAUUGAGACCUGGGGUGAAUGUUCUUGACAAUUUCAGUUUAAAAAUUAAAGCUGGAUCAAAGGUGGCUUUUGUGGGGCCAAGCGGGGCUGGGAAAUCCUCUGUAUUGGCCCUUUUACUCAGAUUUUAUGAUCCAAGAGAGGGAAAGGUAGUCAUUGACGGGAAAGACAUAAAGGAUUAUAAUCUAAGAUGGUUAAGAAAACAGAUGGGAUUGGUACAACAAGAGCCGAUGCUUUUUAACUGCUCUAUAAUAGAGAACAUUUGCUAUGGCAACAAGGAAGCUUCUGAAAGUGAAAUAGUGGAGGUCUCUCGCGAAGCAAACAUACAUGAAUUUGUAAGUAGUCUACCAAAUGGGUAUGACACUGUGGUUGGAGAGAAAGGAUGCCAGCUUUCAGGAGGGCAAAAGCAGAGAAUAGCAAUCGCUAGAACCUUGUUAAAGAAACCAACGAUUUUGCUCCUUGAUGAAGCAACUAGUGCUCUUGAUGCUGAGUCUGAAAGAACAGUGAUAAGUGCAAUGAAGGCAAUAAGUCAAAAGGGAGGGAAUGAGUUGCAUUCAAGAACCACUCAGAUCACAAUAGCACAUAGGCUUUCUACUGUAAUAAACUCAGAUACCAUUGUUGUUAUGGAGAAAGGAAAAAUCAUGGAGAUGGGGUCCCACUCAACCUUGAUAGAAUCAGAAACAGGGCUUUACUCAAGGCUAUUCAGGUUGCAGAGCUUUGAAGAAAGCUGAUCUAGGCAAGGAUUUUUUAUACUGCUUCAAAGUGUGUAUAACAACGAUCAGUUGUUUAGAUAAAGUUAUUGUGAUCUUGACAUGAAAUAAGGAGGGGAAAUUUUUUCUAUGUUAGUAAGUAAAGGUGAAAAAAAAAAUUGCUUUGCUCUCAAUAUUCCACUAGUUGAUACCUGAUGUGGUUAUCUGUAGCCAGUUCAAUUUGAUUGAAGUGGUUAUCAAUCUUACAUGUAACAUCAUUUAAGUGGAACUAGGUCUUGAAAAGGAUCAGAGCCAAAAUUUACCCAUUCAAUGUGCAAAGCAUGUAGAGACCCUU